AUGUCUGCUCCUAAAAGCAUUCCAAAAGAUGCUCAGGUGAUGAUCCAGAUCCUGAAGGACAUGGGGGUGACCGAAUACGAGCCCCGUGUCAUCAACCAAAUGUUGGAGUUCACUUACAGAUACGUGACCAGCAUCAUCGAGGACGCAAAGAUCUACGCCACGCACGCCAAGAAGUCCAACGUGGACGCCGACGACAUCAAACUGGCCAUUCAGUGCCGCAUGGACCAGUCCUUCACGUCGCCGCCUCCCAGAGAUUUCCUGUUGGAGGUGGCCCGGCAGAAGAACCAGACGCCGCUGCCGCUCAUCAAACCCUACACGGGGCCCCGCCUCCCCCCGGACCGCUACUGCCUGACCGCCCCCAACUACCGUCUCAAGUUCCUGCCGAAGAAGGCGCUGUCGGCCGGCAGGAUAACGGCGCCGCGCCUCAGCGUCGGCGCAGUUUCCAGCAGACCGGCUACGCCCACACCAGGAAACGUGUCGGUUCAAUCGGUGGGCGGCGCCAAGGCGGUACCGCCGGUGUCGCUGACGGGUCAGAGGUUCACCGUGCAGAUCCCGCCUCCUUCGCAGAGCGCCGGCGCCAAAAGCGCGCCGCUGACCGCGCCUGCCGCUUCCGGCGUGCUCAUCAACCCUUCUCUGAUCGGCUCCAAGAACAUCCUCAUCGCCACCAAUGUGGCCGCUCAGAGCGGCGGCGGGGAAGCGCUUAAGAGGAAACACCAGGACGACGACGAUUAUGACACCUUGUGA